UGACGUUUCGCAUUUAGCUGAAGAGGCUGUGUGAUUGUUUUUCUUUCUGGAACGAAUGAAUAAUUCACGUACUUUUCAGUACAAAUAUAACACAGAAGUCCUUAACUGUUUACCUAAAACAUGACGAAACUCAACAAUCCAAAUGCUGCACGAAUUAAUCCAUGUUUAAAGGAGCAAGAACAGUCUUACGAGUGUCUGAAUAAAAAUGGCUUUGACCACAAAAAGUGCGAAGCGUAUUUUGAUAACUACAAUACUUGUAAAAAGUUCUGGGGAAAAAUAUACAGCGAUAGGAAAGCCAGAGGCAUUUACCCCUACCUUCCUGAUGUGGAGGAGAGAGAGAAAAUUAAGUCGGACUAUAUUAAAAAUGUGAAGGACUCCUUGUGAUUGUUCACCAAACUUUAUAGAAUAAGUUUUUGAUGCCAUGCUUAAAGAUUCACUUUAAUAAAUACAUUUGAAGGCCCAGUAAGAAUAACUUUUAUCCAGUAUAAACGGGCCUAUAAUAAUAAGGGUAUGGCUAUUUUUCAUAAGAAUGUACACAACUAUACAAUUUUGACAAAUAAGAACAGGCUUUAUUGUCACAUCAGUUACAUGAAUUCUAAGCCUAAAUGGAAUUUCAGAAUAUCUUGUAUACUGGCAUUUAUUUUAUCAUUUCUUAACCUAAUAAUGGGUUCUGUUUAAAAAUGUACAGUAAGCAGCAGAGUAGGUACAUAACUCAUACCCUCUCUGCAUAUAAAUUUGUUCAUGGUUCUCCUAUUCUAUGACUUAACCCUUAAAUGCAUGACCUUGACAAAGAUUUAUUCAAAUUUGAAUUUUGACAUGCUGUCAAUAGAGUCAAAAAUGCAUGAUGCAUAUAUACAUCACUAUGCAUUUCAGGGUUAACCCGUCGUCUGUUUCUGUAAAAAAAAAUCAUAAAAUAAUUAACUUUGAUAUAGAAUAGAAUAAAUUUUAUUCGUAAACACACAAAAGAGAAAAAUACACAUUUUAAUAUACAUUUUUAAAGUCCAACACCAUAAGGAUCCUCAUCAAACACAGCGAAGGGUUAAGUCUGCCUGACUGUACUAUAAAGCUAGGAACAUACUACGCGGACGUCCGUCGUAAAUCGACCGCGACCGCGACCGAUCAGUGUGCACGGAACAAAACAUCCAGCGAGCUAGAUUUCGAUCGGACGUCCACGUCCGUCGACCGAUAGUUUGCACGGUUAAGUGUAUAUUCAUUGUCCAGAUCCCCGUCCGCGGUCGAUUUACGACGGACGUCCGCCGUAGUAUGUUCCUAGCUUCAAGCUAAUACAAAGAAAAAUAAGUGUAUUAUCAAUAUACUUUUAUUGUUGAAAUAUUCUUGUUGAUUUAAAGAUCAUGUUCAUUUACUGAAUAUUGUAAUGGAUGUGGUUAAAAUUAUUAGUAAAGAAAAUUUAGUCAUUAUUUAAGUACUUCUUUUUUUUCUGAAAUCCAAUUUUAUUGUAACCUUAUCAUACAGUCCAGCAAAUAAGAGUAGAAACAAUGGCAACAUUGUAGUGUCAUCCCUUUCUAAUCAAUUAGUGUAAGAAAACAGGACAAGAAAUAAAACGAGCAUCAAGUUGACAUUAUUUAUUUAUUGAUUGUGACAUUACAUCGACUGGGUGAGCCUGAGGCCUCCGCGAACACUAGUUUUCUUUCACUUAUAUGAACAAGUAAGAGAGCGCGCAUAUGGGCAACUGUUGCCGGCGACUUUUUUGUCGCGACCAUGGUCUAGUAUGAAAGUGCGCACACGAGGCGACGCAACUUUUCAUACAAAUACGAAAGUCGCCGAGCAACUGUGUCCCCCGUGGGCGCGCACCCUAAUUAGAGUGACAAGCAAGUGACACCAACAGAAAAAAAUGAACACUAGUUCUCUCUUACACUUAUAUGAACCCGUAAUUAGAGUGACAGAGAAGCAAGUGACAGCAUCAGAAAAAAAAAAUCACCACCCCAUCUCAUCCCGUGUGUGUGGUAUAAGUGUAAGGUCUGAGUGCUCGCACAAUUGAAGCUCAUACUAAGUGUCCUGGGGGGCGAUUUUUGAACCUCGCAUACGGGAUUUUGUCACUAAAAUACCGGUUGAAAACGGUGACUUGCUUUGCUUUUCAGUGACAAUUUUCUGAAUUCGAACGCGUGAGACUCAAAAAUCGGCCCCCUGAGUCCACGCCGCAUAGCGAGUCCGCCCCACCACCGAGCGUCUACUCAGGCCUAAAAGGGAAAACUGAUGGCGACAAAUAUGCACAUGAGCAAGGCUCCCCGUAUCCUUCUCGGGGUUUUUCUUCACGCGACCUGUGCACGCUGCCACCAAAAAAAAAAAGAAAUAGUGACAAGCAAUAUUUGAACUUUGGCGUUCGCGACAGGCCAUCUGGUGCCGAAAAA